AGUAGAAUUCUGUUAGAAGUUACUGUAGGAAAGUUCACAGAAUGGUUUGGGUUGGAAGGGACCUUAAAGCUCAUCCAGUUCCAACCUGCCUGUACAGGAAGGGACACCUUUCGCUAGAUCAGGUUGCUCCAAGCCCCGUCCAGCCUGGCCCUGAACACUGCCAGGGAUGGGGUUUCUUUGGGCAACCUGUGCCAGUGCCUCACCACCCUCAUGGGUAGAAUGUCUUCCUAAUAUCCAGUCUAAAUCUACUCUCUUCCAGUUUAAAGCAGUUCCCUCUUAUCCUAUCACUACAUGCCUUUGUAAAAAGUUCCUCUCCAAUUUUCUUGUAGGUCCCCUUUAGAUACUGAAAGACUGUCAUGAGGUCUCCCUGGAGCCUUUUGUUCUUCAGGCUAAACAAGCCCAACUCUCUCAGCCUGUCUCCAUAGCUGAGGUGCUCCAGCCCCAGAUCAUCCUUGCAGCCCUACCCUGGACUUGUUUGAGAAGGUCCAUGUCCCUCUUGUGUUGGGGCUCCAGAGCUGAAUGCAGGACUGCAGAUGGGGUCUCAAGUGAGCAGAGUAGAGGGGCAGAAACUUCUCUCAACCUGCUGGACAUGUUCCUUUUGAUGCAGCCCAGCAUAUGGUUGGCUUUCUGGGCACACUGCAAGUUCUUUUAUUAAUUAACAUUUGCAGAGGUGGGCUCAGGGGUGUUCUGAGUCUCUUCUGAGAAACUGGUUCCACUUUGCACAUUCUCCAUUAGAUUGACUUUAUUUCCUCUUUGCAUGUGUGUGGUUGGAUAAAAUUUUUUGAUUUAUUGCUAGAAACCAACUAUCAUAUAUUUCAGUUAUCAAAGUGCUGACAUCUGAGUUAUCGUCAUCUGCUAGCAUUUAAUGGUAAGUAGGUGGUAGAAAUUAUUUGAAAUUCAAGUCAUCAAUAAUAGAGAAGCUUCUGCAUAGAUUUCCUGUUUGUUUAGUUGAGGCUAGCAAUUAAAAAGGGUAAGUUCAAAAGAACCCAAUACCUUUACAUAAAGGAAACUACAGCUGAGAAGCAUGAUACUGAAAAGUCCAUGAAACGAUCUAUGCCACCAUGCUAUGCAUUAUCCUUCAGCAUGCAGGAGAAAGUUAAUAUGCUUAAUGUUUACCAAGUGUGUUUAUCUUCUUUCAGCAAAAAUGAAGAGAAGGACAGAACCUGAAUUUAGCAGCCCCCAAAAGAAGCAGAAGAAGAUAGAAGACUUGGGAUUAACUCUCAGUUCUACUUCAGAUGAUGAAACUCAAUGUAGUAAUCAUACUACUCAAGAGUCUUCCAGUAGCAGCAGUGGGUCUGAGAGUGAGAACGAUGAAAAAAGACCAGUCUUCAGCAAUGAGUUCAAACAAGACUCUCUUGUGGAGGGUACUUCAUCUCGCUACUCAAUGUAUAACAGUGUCUCCCAAAAGCUCAUGGCCAAGAUGGGCUUCCGGGAAGGAGAAGGUCUGGGAAAAUAUGGCCAAGGCAGGAAGGAUAUUGUUGAGGCCUCCAACCAGAAGGGAAGGAGAGGCUUUGGGCUGACCCUCAAAGGAUUUGAUGGGGAGCUCAAUAUUGAUUGGCAGGAUGAGCCAGAGCCUAGUGCCUACGAGGAGGUAGACUGGUGCCUUGAGUGUACCACGGAAAUCCCUGAUGCCCAGGAGCUGAAGGAGUGGAUGACUGUGGGGAAGAGGAAGAUGGUGAUUGAAGAUGAGACAGAGUUCUGUAGUGAAGAGCUUUUACAUAAUGUCCUGCAGUGCAAGAGUGUAUUUGAUGAGCUGGAUGGAGAAGAAAUGCGUCGAGCCCGAACAAGGUCUAACCCGUAUGAGAUGAUCCGUGGAGUUUUCUUCCUGAACAGGGCUGCAAUGAAGAUGGCAAAUAUGGACCAUGUCUUUGACUACAUGUUUACGAACCCGAAGGACUUCCAUGGGAGGCCUUUGAUAAAGGAGCGAGAUGCAGAGCUGCUCUACUUUGCUGAUGUGUGUGCUGGUCCUGGAGGCUUCUCGGAGUAUGUCCUGUGGAGGCGGAAGUGGCAUGCGAAAGGAUUUGGCAUGACCUUGAAAGGACCAAAUGAUUUUAAACUAGAGGACUUCUAUUCUGCCUCCAGUGAGCUCUUUGAACCUUAUUAUGGAGAGGGAGGGAUUGAUGGAGAUGGAGACAUCACUCGCCCAGAGAACAUUACGGCUUUCCGGAAUUUUGUUUUGGACAAUACUGAUCAAAAGGGAGUGCAUUUCUUAAUGGCUGAUGGGGGUUUCUCAGUGGAGGGUCAGGAGAAUCUGCAAGAAAUUCUGAGCAAACAGCUCAUGCUUUGCCAGUUCCUUACAGCACUGUCCAUUGUCCGGACAGGAGGACAUUUUGUCUGCAAAACCUUUGACCUCUUCACUCCAUUCAGUGUGGGACUUAUUUAUCUGCUGUAUUGCUGCUUUGAGCGAGUGUGUAUCUUUAAACCUGUGACAAGCCGCCCUGCCAACUCGGAGAGGUACAUGAUAUGCAAAGGCUUAAAGCUGGGAAUUGAUGAUGUGCGGGACUAUCUCUUCAUGGUGAACAUCAGACUCAACCAGCUGCGUAAUUCAGAUGUAGAUGUGAACCUUGUUGUCCCACUGAAUGUAAUCAAAGGCGACCAGGAUUUCUAUGAUUACAUUGUCCAGUCCAAUGAAAACCACUGCAAAGUUCAGAUAAAGGCAUUAGCAAAAAUUCGUGCCUUUGUUCAAGACACGACGCUGAUGGAGCCACGGCAGGCUGAAAUCCGAAAGGAGUGUCUCCAGCUAUGGGGGAUUCCUGAUCAGGCUCGUGUUGCACCUUCAUCUUCAGAUCCAAAGUCCAAGUUCUUUGAGCUGAUCCAGGGGAUGGACAUCGAUACCUUCAGCUACAAACCAACACCUCUAAAUUCCAGUACACUGGAGAAAAUUCGCCAAGUGUUAGAUUACCGGUGUAUGGUUUCUGGAAGCGAGCAGAAGUUCCUCUUGGGGCUAGGGAAAUCGCAGAUCUACACUUGGGAUGGUCGCCAGUCAGACCGCUGGACAAAGCUGGAUUUGAAAACGGAGCUGCCACGAGAUACCCUUCUCUCUGUGGAGAUUGUUCAUGAGCUGAAAGGAGAGGGGAAAGCCCAGAGAAAAAUCAGUGCUAUCCACAUCCUUGAUGUCUUGGUGCUGAAUGGGAGCGAUGUUCGAAAGCAGCAUUUCAACCAGAGGAUUCAGCUGGCAGAGAAGUUUGUCAAAGCUGUGUCUAAACCUAGUCGGCCAGAUAUGAACCCCAUCCGAGUGAAGGAAGUUUACAGAUUGGAGGAAAUAGAGAAGAUUUUUGUGAGGUUAGAGAUGAAAGUCAUCAAGAGUUCAAGGGGAAUACCACGGCUGUCCUACACUGGCCGAGAUGACCGGCACUUUGUGCCCACAGGACUCUACAUUGUACGGACUGUGAAUGAUCCCUGGACAAUGGCAUACAGCAAAAACUCCAAGAAGAAAUUCUUCUUCAACAAGAUAACUAAGAACACAACAUACAACCUCCCUUCUGAAUCCAUCGCACCCUUUCAUGUCUGCCAUUACAGCCGCCUCUUUUGGGAGUGGGGGGAAGGUGUCAAAGUGCACGACUCUCAGAAAAGGCAAGAUCCAGAGAAGCUAUCCAAGGAGGAUGUCUUGUCUUUCAUCCAAGCGCACUUCCCCUAACUCUGCUCCCUUGAGGGGUGCAGGGGGGGCUGAGCCCAGCUUUGAUUCUUCAGGAACCGAUGAGACUGAGGACGGACGUUCCACAACUUCUAUCCUGAUCUUCUCCAGAGCUCAUUUCCUGGAGGUGAUCAAGCCAGCAGGUUGUAUGCAGAAGGCACAGAACAAGGCUCUACCCUGGCAGUGUAUAUGUGGAUGGCCCAGGUAGCACCUGCUGCUGGAGUACCCAUGGUGACUCCUGGAACCAUGGCCAAACGCCCUUUUGUCCUGACCUACUGCAUGCAUGAGGCCAAGGGGCUGGCAGUUUUGUUUGCUCCUGUUCAAACAUUCAGUGAGUGAGGUUUGUGGAGCGCCCUGUACAUGCCAGAACUCUCCAGCCUCAUGCUUCCCUGACAGUGUGGGAAGGAGCAGAGAUGUCUUGGUGGGCAGAGCUGGGCAGCAGCACACUGAAGGGGCCCUGCAUCGUUCCUGGCAGCUAUCUGUCUCCUUGGCCCAUCAAAGGCCUACACUACCCAGUGGAGCAUGUUCACUCAUUGGUGAACGCUGGGUUUGGGAUGCAAGUAUGUAUUCUUGCUGGUGUCUCCAACAUUUCUGCUUACCAAGGCACUUGGCUGCCCACUGGCAAUUCCUAUGUGAUGGUAUCCUGUUGGACAAAGGCCAGUGCAGGUGAUGAGUAGAGUUCCUGGCACAGAUUUGAUGUGCUCUGUGCCAAGGCUUUCUCAGAUCUCUAGAAGCUGCUGUGACAAGGAUUUCCCCUCUCCAGAUGAGUGACUGAUCCUGAGCCAGCAGCCUGGGGUUAAUUUGUGAACAUGUCUAAGCCUCAUACUUCUAAGACCAAGGUACUUUAGUUCUUGGUACCCUACACUAUUACCCACAUCUUCAGGGAAUGCAAUGGAUGCAGGAGGAAGACAAAGGAAGGUUGCGAUGCUGAAGGUCUUUAGAGGGAGUGAUGGCAAUGUCUGACUUAGUUAAAAAAACCCGCAGGGCUUCCAUGAAAAGAGAUCUUGACUUCAACCAUGUUGGUCAAUCAGAAGAAAUCCUGUCCCCUGACUGUGCCCACUGAAGGGUUACCUGACUCUCCUUUUUAAAUGUCAAAGCGGGCUUUGAAACUCUUCAUGUCUCAUUCAGCCCUGGAAUGGCAUCUGGGGUGAAGGCACAGAGCUGUGAAACUGUCAGCAUGGUAUUUGUGUGUCAACAGUGUUCCAUGUGCCCUUUGGAGCUGGGUUCAAAGUUGUCUUCUGCUGCAUGUUUUACCUUCACUUCUGGCUUCCAUGGCACUGUUUCCAAGUCUUCCACAUAAAUCAGGAGAUAACACAGUCGACUGCUUUUGGCCAAGCAGCAAAAUUGCCCUCCCUACCCCCUUUUGGUUGCUUUUUUUUGUUCUUGGCUUGUUUUUAAACACAGAUUGACAGUAGGGAGGAAACUGAUUUAGGGGUUGAACUGUGCCUUAAAGAAAGCUAUAGUUCUAGAAUCUGUAGCACUUGUUUAGGUUCUUGUUUCUUUCUCUCCACACCCGUAUGUAUGAUUUGAACAAGCUUUAUGUAUCAAGACAUGGAAGUUUUCAUUGUAGGUCCAUGGGUGCCCUGCACCCCACCCAGAGAAGCCAGCACAAGGAUGGUAUGUUGAAGUCCUACCUCCACCCUCUAAUGCUCAGCAUCAUGUGUUAGAGGUUUUGUGCUCAUUCUCAGCACGCAGUUCCUACUUCCUUUGUUGUUAUCCUACAAGUAGGCUGUGCUAUCUGAGCUUGGAGCACUUCCAUGUCUUCCCAAGCAAACUGUCUUCAUAUAACCAUGUAUUAAUUCUCUGCUGUUUAGUAUAAAUGAAAUUAACAGCUGCAACACGAGAGAAAAUGAUCUGCAGGUUUGAUCACUGCAGUACUGUGCCCCUGGCUGAAGGAGCAGCACAGAAGCUGGCAUAGCCUGUAAGUCAAUGGAAGCUGGAGGAGGUAAGCUUACAAGUAGGUAGCCCUGAAUACUGUGCAGCAGAGCUGUUCUGUUUCUUCUCAAGCUCUGGCCAAAGUGAAAUGGCUCAGAGCUCUUUUCAUAGUGGUGAUUACUAGUGCCCAGACACAGGUCUACCAGAGCAGCUGAGGGACUGCAUGCUGUUAAUGCAGCUCCUGAGUGUUGGUAAAACAUGUAUGAAAGAAAUGGUGGGCCUUACCCCCAAAGAACAAGAAGUUUGUUACAGGCAGGUUGUUUUUGGCUAAGGCAAGGCAAUUCCAUGAGGGAUGCAGAAGAAUCUGUCCCAGAGGAGUAAGGAACUUCCAGCUGUGGUUUUUAGGCCUGUGUGCAGUUGGCUUUUUAAACCAACCAGUAAUUUGAGUUUGGACACUUCCAACUGCCUUGAGGCUGUUCCAAUACCAGAAAAGCAUGCUGCUCCUAUUGCCAGGCUCCUUUCCCAGGUGUUGUGUCCUCCACUCAGGGCUUUGGUCUCCUGUGGGCUGGCAGCCAGGAGGGUGACUAGGAAGCACACCAGGGUGAGUGUAGGCCUCUGAGGGUACAUAAAUCCCUAUUAGCCUGCAGGCCAGCUCUUAUGAACAAAUACUUCCUGUAUACGGAGUUGCCUCCAGUCCCUCAUUCAAAUUUGCUUCUUAGUUUUAUUUUUGAAGCACUGAACCAUGAUUCUGAAUCCCCCUUCAAGAAGGCAAGCAUGAGCCACUAUGCUACUUGCUUCCCUGCUGCAGGGUAGAUAUCGAGGGAUUAUGUUGGGAAGAGGAGGUGAGGAAGGUCUUGCUGAAGAGAAUGUUGAUGUACAUUAAUUGCACAAUGUAUUGUCAUUAGGCUGUGUAUCAUUUUGUGUUGACUCCUGCUUUCAUUGUCUCUGUUACCAAUACAGCCCUUUUAGUUUACAACA